AGCGUGAGUGGGUGGACGAAGAAGUUAAGCGUGUGGUGGAGAGUGAAGCAAAAGGACAGGUGUGAGAGAGAGAGCAAGCGCCGAAACUCACAAACUUCGAAGGGGAUGGGACCCUCUCCGUCAUCAAUGCUGUCUUUUGCUACCACCUACCUCCCACACUCGACGGCUCUGCCAUCUCAUGUCUGCAAUAGCCAUACAGAGGACUGUAGUGGUUGUUUGCGGAAUUGACGAAGAUUGCUCAUCUUUCUUUUUCUUGGACGCGGUUUCUCUAUUUCAACCUCACAAGCAUCGAUGGCAGAGGACGGAUCCACUGAAGUCGCUACUCCAGUUCGUCGCGUUCUUCUCAUUUCUGCUGGUGCUAGUCAUUCCGUUGCUCUCCUCUCUGGAAACAUUGUUUGCUCUUGGGGACGAGGGGAGGAUGGGCAGUUAGGACAUGGUGAUGCAGAUGAUCGACUUUCACCAACACAACUGAGUACUUUGGAUGACCAUGAAAUUGUAUCUGUUACUUGUGGUGCAGAUCAUACAAUUGCAUAUUCUGAGGCACUUAUGGAUGUUUAUAGUUGGGGAUGGGGAGAUUUUGGGAGAUUGGGUCAUGGAAAUUGUAGUGAUUUGUUCACUCCUCAACCAAUUAAAGCGUUGCAUGGUUUAAAGAUAAAGCAAAUCGCUUGUGGGGAUAGCCAUUGUUUAGCAGUGACGGUAGAAGGCCAGGUGCAAAGUUGGGGGCGGAAUCAGAAUGGUCAGCUUGGUCUUGGUACCACAGAAGACUCUCUUGUGCCUCAGAGGAUUGGAGCUUUGCAGGGAAUCCCAAUUAAAAUGGUCGCUGCUGGUGCUGAACACACUGCAGCUGUCACAGAAGACGGUGAGCUCUAUGGAUGGGGUUGGGGUCGAUAUGGGAAUUUGGGCCUGGGUGACAGAAUGGAUCGCUUGGUGCCUGAGAAAGUUUCUCUGACCCAUGGAGAGAAGAUGGUUAUGGUUGCUUGUGGAUGGAGGCAUACAAUAUCUGUUUCCUCUUCUGGUGGAUUAUACACUUAUGGAUGGAGUAAAUAUGGUCAAUUGGGACAUGGUGACUUUGCAGAUCACCUCAUUCCACAUCAAUUGGAAGCAUUGCGGGAUAGUUUUAUAUCUCAGGUAUCAGGUGGAUGGAGACACACUAUGGCAGUGACAUCAGAUGGGAAACUUUAUGGCUGGGGAUGGAAUAAGUUUGGACAGAUUGGAGUUGGUGACAAUGUGGACCAUUGUUCUCCUGUAAUAGUUAAAUUUCCCCAUGACCAGAAAGUAAUUAAGAUCUCGUGUGGCUGGAGGCAUACACUUGCUGUUACUGAACGCCAAAAUGUCUUUUCUUGGGGAAGAGGUACAAGUGGACAGCUUGGUCUUGGAGAAUCUAUCGACCGGAAUUUACCAAAGAUAAUAGAAGCAUUAAGUGUUGAUGGAUCUGGUGGACAGCAGAUAAAAUCAUCAAUGGUUGAUAUGUCAUCAGGGAAAACCUGGGUUUCUCCAUCAGAGAGAUAUGCUGUUGUUCCUGAUGAAUCUGGACAAACGGCAGGUUCCGGUAGAGGGAGUGAUGUAAGUGUUCCCGAGGGUGAUGUCAAACGAAUUCGCAUUUGACAGCCCAAAAUUCACACAAUAUUGCAGGAAUAAUCUAUUCCUGUUACUCAUGUCGUGGUCCCUUCUUCCGGAUCACCCUUACACCCUUUUUGAAUCUUGUCUGUGAAUGUAAAUUCCUACAGUCGACUAGAAUUAUCUUUUGCUCGUCUACAAUCUUGAAAGGGAGUAAAUAUCAACCGAAUUCAACUAAUUUAACUGUGCGAUAAAUUUCUUAUGCUUAUUAACUCAUUAUUCACCUAAAAAGAAAAAAAAAAAAAGAGAUCUAUGGGCUUGUCUGCCUGUCUUGGAAAAUCAUUGGGUGAGCCUGGUAUGCUAAGGAAUAGAAGCACUUUGUAUUAUUCACAAACACAUGGAAUCUAUCCGAAUUAAGGUUCCGUUUGGUGAGCAGUAAUGUAUUUACACUAGAAACGCUUUUAAUUA